AUGACGGAAUCAUCCAACCCGCAAGCGCCACCUACUAUAGCCGAGGCCAACGCCAACAGUAUGCCCAAAAAGUUCCGGAACAGCAGCUGGAAGGCGCCCAAAAACCGCAAUAAGAACAUAAAGGCCAUCAUUGCAGAGGAACAGCGUCGCCUUGCAGACAAGAAUCUGGGAAUCGACGACAUCACGUACUUCAACAUUGAUGCGCCGCCGUCGUUGAUCCCCUCCAAGGCCUACUGUGACAUCACUGGUCUCGAGGGCAAGUAUCGGUCUCCCAGUACCAACUUGCGGUUCUACAACCAAGAGGUGGCUCAGGUUGUGCGGGACAUUCCUCCCGGAGUCGAUCAACAGUACCUUGAGCUGAGAGGAGCCAAUAUCAUCUUGAGAUAG